GGGCGUGACGUCAGGGCCCCCCGCGUCCCCUCCGUGGCCCAGGCCACUCUGCACCUUGUCUCGCCCACAUCUGGCCCCGGCCGGGUCCAAGGGCCCGAACGCGACCUUGGACCAGCCCUUCCAUCCCGGGCCGCCGCCGGCCGCGGGUGCAGGGCACGCCCCGACGCAGUGGAGCCCGGGUCGGGGCGGGGGGUGGGGAACGACACGGAGGCAAGAGCCACACUUUAACUCCGCCCCGGUCCCCUGAGGCCGCGCCUCGCAGCCGUGGCUGCAAACUUGAGCGUCCCUUAAGUUGCGGAGCACUGGAGUACUUGGAGCACUUGGAGACUUGGUCCCUGCCUCGCUGGAUGGCAUGAGUUGCUAAAAGUGAGCCUGGCUUUUCAGCUGCCUUAGGGUGCGGCGUUGGGGCACAGAGCCAUGUCGGACCUGCUACUACUGGGCCUGAUUGGGGGACUGACUCUGCUGCUGCUGCUGACGCUGCUGGCCUUUGCCGGGUAUUCAGGGCUGCUGGCUGGGGUGGCAGUGAGUGCUGGCUCACCCCCCAUCCGCAACGUCACUAUGGCCUACAAGUUCCACAUGGGGCCCUACGGCGAGACUGGGCGGCUUUUCACUGAGAGUUGCAGUGUCUCCCCCAAGCUCCGCUCCAUCGCCAUCUACUAUGACAACCCCCACGUGGUGCCCCCUGACAAGUGCUGCUGUGCAGUGGGCAGCAUUCUGAGUGAAGGUGAGGAAUCACCCUCCCCUGAACUCAUCCACCUCUACCAGAAAUUUGGCUUCAAGGUGUUCUCCUUCCCGGCACCCAGCCAUGUGGUGACAGCCACCUUCCCCUACACCACCACCCUGUCCAUCUGGCUGGCUACCCGCCGUGUCCAUCCUGCCCUGGAUGCCUACAUCAAGGAGCGGAAACUGUGUGCCCACCCCCGACUAGAGAUCUACCAGCAAGACCAGAUCUAUUUCAUGUGCCCACUGGCACGGCAGGGAGACUUCUAUGUGCCUGAGAUGAAGGAGGCAGAACGGAAAAGCUGGGGUCCUGCGGAGGCCAGUGAUGCCCAGAUGGAUGGCACAGGAGCUGACACGAUGAGUGACACGAGUUCUGUAAGCCCGGAGGUGGGUCCUGGCAGCCGGGAGACUUCAGCUGCUACGCUGUCCCCUGGGGUGAGCAGCCGUGGCUGGGACGACGGUGACACCCGCAGCGAGCACAGCUAUAGCGAGUCGGGUGCCAGCGGCUCAUCCUUUGAGGAGCUGGACCUGGAGGGUGACGGACCCCUGGGGGAGCCAAGGCUGAACCCUGAGGCCGAGCCCCUGGGAACAGCCAAGUGGCCCCGGGAGCCCAGUACCCCUGAGAAGGGCGAGGAGUAACCUGUGGCCCACACCCUCACGUGGUGCAGAUGCUAAGGAACUGAGCAGACUCUCCAGCCCUCUUUCUCCUUCACCUCCCGGGCCCAGGCUGGGGCCAGGGGUCUCAGGGCGAUCUGACUUCCACUGCCCCAGGCCUCUAGCCAAGCCUUCUCAUUGCUCGCUCUGCUCCUAGGGCCAUAGGAGCCAGGGACUGUUUACUGCACUCAGCCCCCUGGGCUGCCGCCCCUAUUACAUCUUUUUUCAGAUUUACAUUGGAGCUUCCAGGACCCAGAAUAAAGCAAAUGAUUUUCUUGUUUCACCUGGA